AGAGCUGCAUCCAUCCUAUCAUGUAAUUAAUUCCCAAUUUUCUUAGCAAAAACAACAAAUUACGAUCCAGAGUGCUGCGGAGCUUGGGAAUCUGAUACGAGGGAUCCUAAGUUAGGGGAUUAAAACAAGCUCCUGUAUCAACUACAUGCAUGAACAGUUUGAUUGACCAAGUGGGUACUGAAAGUGACUUUCAUGAUGAUCAACUUCUUCUUCCUGCUGUGGAAGAUGCUUACGGAGGUGUCAUAGUGGAGAUGAAUGAGACCAUGAAUUCUGAAAGAUUCUUUCUUUUACUUAGAGCUUCACUAUUCAAAUGGAAGAUUCUGGGCAAGAAGGGUGUUUGGAUCAAAUUACCAAUCGAGCUUGUAAACCUUCUUGAAACCGCAGUAAAUGAAGGAUUUCGGUACCACCAUGCAGAACCUCAUUAUAUAAUGCUUGUCCAUUGGAUUCCUAAGACAGCUGAUACCAUCCCUGCCAAUGCUUCCCAUAGAAUUGGUAUUGGUGCAAUUAUUUUGAAUGACAUUGGAGAGUUACUUGUAGUUCAGGAAAAAAAUGGCAGACUCAAAGGUACAGGUAUCUGGAAGAUACCUACAGGAGUGGUGGAUCAGGGAGAAGAUAUUUUUCGUGCAGCAAUAAGAGAAGUAAAGGAGGAAACAGGGAUUGAUGCGGAUUUUGUGGAUGUAGUAGGUUUGAGGGAAACUCAUAAUUGUUUCUUUGGGAAGUCAGAUAUAUUCUUCUUGUGCAUGUUGAGGCCUCUGUCAUUCAAACUUCAGAAGCAAGAACUUGAAAUUGAGGCAGUCCAGUGGAUGCCUUUGGAGGAAUUUGCGGCACAACCAUUUGUUCAGAAAAAUGUUUUGUUCAAGUCUGUGUAUGAACUGUGCUUAGCUAAGAAGAAUGGAAAUUAUGUGGGUUUUACUCCAAAGCCAAUAAAAUCAGGUUUGGGUGAUGAAAUAAGCUACAUUUAUGUGGAUACACUAGCCCUCCCUGCAUCAUCAACUUAACUUCACCUAUCUUCUUGUCAUUAUCUGAAAUAAAAUUUGUUUUUAAUUAACAUUUAACUCUUUUUUUAUUACCUUCCCUUGUUAGAUAUUUAAAAAA